GCAUUUGUAUCAUAAAUUGAUCAAUCGGUAUACAAACUAUUUUCGUACGCGGAACCUACAAUGACUGGUGCCAUUUAAUAUACAGUGUUUACAGUUUAAAUUAGUUUAAUUAAAUGCCGUUUUGAAAAUGUCUGAGCGCAGAUUCAAAAUAUCAAAACCGGAGGAUAAUAACCAUUACAAAUACAGUGCUUGUUUGAAUGAUGAGAUAGUUACAGAAAAAUUACUUCCAUCCAAGAACAAUGGGCUUGAUCGCACUCGAGGUUCAGGAGAUGGCACAGACGACCAGGCUUUCGUUCCCGAAAAGAUGUCCGGCUACGAGACCAACCUCUACCUAUACUCGGAAGAGAUGGAGGACAGGCCCAGGAUAUCGACCCUCAUCAGUUCCUUGGCGAACUACUCCAACACCAUCCCUCCGGCAUCCAACGAUCCCGAUGCCAGACCCCCGAGAACCGGCGCCGGGAUGGGAACCCUCAUCGGGGUCUACCUACCCUGCAUCCAAAACAUUUUCGGUGUCAUUUUGUUUAUCCGUUUGACCUGGGUCGUAGGUACCGCAGGGGCCCUUCAAGGUUUUCUCAUCGUACUUUGUUGUUGUUGCGUAACGAUGUUAACCGCCAUAUCAAUGUCUGCGAUCGCCACGAAUGGGGUGGUUCCGGGAGGAGGGAGCUACUUCAUGAUAUCGAGAUCGAUAGGACCCGAGUUUGGUGGAGCUGUCGGCAUGCUCUUCUACACCGGUACGACGUUAGCUGGCGCUAUGUACAUCGUCGGUGCUGUAGAAAUUCUACUGAUGUACAUCACUGACAAGCUAACGUUAUUUGGUGAUAUAACUGACGAUGAAGUGAAAUUCAACAACUUCCGUGUGUAUGGUACUGCAGUUCUGGCGGUGAUGGGAACGAUAGUAUAUUUUGGAGUGAAAUUUGUCAACAAAUUUGCCACAGUGGCGCUUGCAUGUGUCAUUUUCUCCAUUCUGGCUGUGUACAUUGGAAUUUUUGUCAAUAUCAACGGGAAUGAUAACUUACAUAUAUGUGUACUCGGUAAAAGAUUACUCAAACUGGAUAAUCCUUUCGAAGAAUGUCACAAAAACGAAACAGGAAUUCUACACAAGAUGUUCUGCAAAAAUGAAACUGGAUUCGGUGACGUCAAAUUCAAGUGUGAUCCUUAUUACGAGAAACAUGAUCUCGUUAUUGAGAGAGGAAUCAAAGGACUAUCAUCCGAUGCAUUCUUUGAUAAUAUCUACGAUUGUUUUCUUGAGCAAGGCCAGUUCAUCAGCAAAGGAAAACAACAAGAAGACAUGGAAAGUUUCGGAAAUGAUCACUACAACCAAGUUUUCUCUGACAUCACGACGAGUUUCACAAUACUCAUCGGUAUAUUCUUUCCUUCAGUAACCGGCAUAAUGGCCGGCUCCAACAGAUCUGGUGACCUUGCCGACGCUCAGAAAUCUAUUCCCAUCGGAACCAUAUGUGCCAUAUUGACUACUUCAACAGUGUAUCUCUCCUCCGUAUUGCUGUUCGCUGGAACUGUCGACAACCUCCUCCUUAGAGACAAGUUCGGUGAAUCGAUAGGUGGCAAAUUCGUUGUGGCAAACAUCGCCUGGCCUAACCAAUGGGUUAUACUCAUAGGCUCCAUCCUAUCAACCUUAGGUGCCGGUCUCCAAUCGCUGACUGGAGCACCUCGACUCCUUCAAGCCAUAGCCAAGGACGGUAUCAUUCCAUUUCUAUCCCCUUUCGCUGUCUCAUCCAGCAGAGGGGAACCUACUAGAGCUUUGCUGCUGACCCUUUUGAUUUGCCAAGGAGGGAUCCUACUUGGGAAUGUCGAUAUCCUAGCACCGUUGCUGUCGAUGUUCUUCUUGAUGUGCUACGGAUUCGUCAACUUGGCGUGCGCUUUGCAGACUCUCCUGAGAACUCCCAACUGGCGACCACGGUUCAGAUACUACCACUGGUCCCUCUCCUUCCUUGGUCUUUCCUUGUGCAUUGCGAUCAUGUUCAUGACCUCAUGGUACUUGGCCCUCAUAGCGAUGGCCAUGGCGGGAAUCAUUUACAAGUACAUCGAAUACAGAGGAGCCGAGAAAGAAUGGGGUGAUGGCAUUAGAGGAUUGGCUUUGUCCGCAGCAAGAUUUUCUCUAUUACGUUUAGAGGAAGGUCCCCCUCACACGAAGAACUGGAGACCCCAAAUCCUGAUCCUAGUCAAACUUACCUCCGAUUUAUUACCCAAAUAUCGGAAACUGUUCGCGUUUGCAGCUCAACUAAAAGCUGGAAAAGGUUUGACCAUUUGUGCCUCUGUAGUGGGUGGCGACUUCACACGUUCUUACGGGGAAGCGAUGGCUGCUAAACAAAGCCUGGGCAAGACCAUGGAGGAAGAAAAAGUGAAAGGUUUUGCUGAGAUCCUUGUCGCCAGAGACAUAACUGAAGGAUUAUCCAACUUAGUCCAAACUGCUGGUCUUGGGGGACUGAAGCCAAACACGGUCAUUUUGGGCUGGCCGUAUGGUUGGCGACAAUCAGAAACCGACCGCACAUGGCAGGUGUUCUUGGAAACCGUCAGGAAUGUCACUUCAGCCCACAUGGCCUUACUGGUUCCCAAGGGAAUCAAUUUCUUCCCGGAUUCGACUGAAAAAGUCGUUGGAAAUAUCGAUAUCUGGUGGAUUGUCCAUGAUGGAGGGUUGCUUAUGCUGUUGCCUUUCUUGUUGAAACAGCACAGGACCUGGAAAAACUGCAAGAUGCGUAUCUUCACGGUAGCUCAGAUGGAAGACAACUCGAUUCAGAUGAAAAAGGAUCUGAAGACAUUCCUUUAUCACCUCAGAAUUGGAGCUGAGGUCGAAGUUGUUGAAAUGAUGGAUCAUGAUAUAUCUGCUUACACCUAUGAAAGGACACUUAUGAUGGAGCAACGUAAUCAAAUGCUCCAAGAAUUGCGACUGAACAAAAAAGAAAGUCUUGGCAUGGUACAAUCUAUUAUAGACCAGCACCAUACAAUUGCGGAUUCCAAAACUGCGACCAAGGUUCGAUUCCAGGAACCAGGACCUGAAGGCGAUAACAAAACCGCUGAACCCACGAAUGAGCCUAAUUCUGAAUCGAAGGAAGAUUGUGACAACUCCAAGGAAAAGGAUGAUUCUUCGGAAAAAGAAAAGGAAUGUACAAACGAACACAAUCACAACCAUACUAAUUCUGUAUCAGAAGAAAAGAAUAAACCCACCACCAAAACCCCUGACGAAGGUAACGUUCGUCGUAUGCAUACAGCCGUCAGGCUGAAUGAAGUGAUAGUCAAUCGUUCUCACGAUGCUCAACUAGUUAUUCUGAACCUUCCUGGGCCUCCCAAGGACACCAAAAUGGAGCGAGAGUCAAAUUAUAUGGAAUUCUUGGAGGUACUCACAGAAGGAUUGGAGAGAGUACUGAUGGUGCGCGGCGGAGGACAGGAAGUCAUCACCAUCUAUUCGUAAUUUUAAUAUUUGACACCAAUUCUGCGACUCGAUAAAUCGAAAGAUACUUUUUUAAAUAAUCAAAGGACAUUCGCUAAUACUCAAAAUGGCGAUGGCGUAACAGUAUUUUAGAAUGUUUAAACAGGAGAAUAGAGAUUAUACAAGAG